CUCUAUCUGCGUGCUCUCUUCUCGUGCUCUGAAACUGGUUGACUCCUCUCGCUCAUCUUCAACGCGUGUUGUGGCUACUGGAGUUGGUGUUGAAAUCUCGAGAUGCAACGGGAGCAUACGCGUAGAGGAUUUACCAUUAGUCACCAAAGGGUUGUUCUUGAGAUAGACUUCUCAGGCCACAUAUGGGGCUACACGACUAUCACCCUCAACCCAACCACCAAGGACCUCAGGACGAUACAUCUGCACGCUCGGCAGUGUGACGUCCAUAGCGUUACAGUCGGCUCCUUCCCCGCAGAUUUCGUCCAUCACGACCCACUUUCUCAUCUAAGUGUAUCAGACCCCGGAGAUGUCCACAAUCACCCCGAACUCAAGCGGCGCGUGUACUCUGCACUUGCAGAAGGCGAUGAGGGAGAGCUGUCCGUCUGUAUACCGAAGGAAGUCGCGGUAACCCCGUCAGGGAGUCGCACUCAGGCCGGCAUCUUCAGCGAGGCCGCUACCCCGGAGCCCCAGACACCAGGUCCUUUGACGCAGCCUUCUCAUCCCGUCACUGAGUACAGGCAGAUUGAAGUCACGAUCUCCUACAGUCUGAAGAACCCCGCCGAUGGAGUGCAGUUCGUGUUGCCGUCAGAUGCAUACCCUACGCGCGUGCCACAUGUCUUCACCAUCCCGUCGUCACCAGAUGCAUCGCGAUGCUGGGUACCUUGUAUCGACAACCUGUGGGAGAAGUGUGCAUGGGACUUCGAAUUUGUAGUUCCACGGUCGCUGGAACAGCACGACGCGGCCUCAGACGAUGAAGACGAAGCCGUGGAGACUGAUGAGUACCCGACAGUGGUUGUAUGCAGCGGGGAGUUGAUGGAACAGGUCGCCCACCCCUACAACUCGAGCAAAACCAUAUUCCUCUUCUCACAGCCCGUUGCCACCUCCGUGCAGCACAUCGCGUGGGCAGCUGGUCCGUUCCAUGUUCACACCAUCCCAGCCGAUCUCAGCGCAGCGGAGGAUGCCUCUGGAACCACCCAGCCUCUCAUGACCGCCUUUUGCUUACCCGGUCACGAGUCCUACCUGACGAGUACGGUCUCCUUCAUGCGUUCAGCGAUGAGCUUCUACGUCACCGAAUUCGGCUCCUAUCCGUUCGGCUCAUACAAGCUCGUCUUCGUCGAGGAGCUCCCUACUCAGCGGUACGAUGCGGCGACACUGUCGCUCGUUACGGUCGACAUGCUACAUGGGGAAGACGCGAUCGACCAAGUCUACGAGGCACGACACGCCCUCAGCCACGCCCUUGCUUGCCAGUGGAUUGGAGUCAAUAUCCAGCAGAAGAUGUGGUCCGACACCUGGCUUGUGAAUGGACUAGGGCUUUACAUCACUGGGCUCUACAUCCGCAAGGUGUUUGGAACCAACGAGUACAGGUUCCGGCUGAAGAAAGACAUGGACCGCGUUAUCGAGCUCGACAAUGGCUCGAUGCCUCCAAUAUGCCAGCCUCAGACCCUCGAGCCGCCUGACCCCGCCAACCUUCCCUUCAUCAACCUGAAGGCUCCUCUGGUCCUUCAUAUCCUGGACCGUCGAUUGGGGAAGUCCGGCACGUCGCUAGGCCUCUCGCGAGUGCUCCCCAAGUUGUUGCUGUCUGCCCUCACCGGUGAUAUGGCGAACAACCUUGUGUCGACGCACGCAUUCCUCCGUAUGUGCAGGAAGGUCAGUGGGAUCGAUCCUCGCUCGUUCGCGGAGCAAUGGAUCUACGGAAGCGGAUGCCCUACGUUUGGGUUCUCUGCCUCAUUCAACAGGAAGAAGAUGGCGGUGGAGAUCACGAUGCGCCAGGACGCCCCGGCCUACAAAGCGCACGAGACCAAUGAGAUCGCCAAACUCAUGAUGAAGCCUGUUCCUUUCUUCGAAGGCCAGAUGACGAUCCGUAUUCACGAAGCUGAUGGGACGCCGUACGAGCACGUCUUGGAUAUUCGAAGUCCCUUUAAGCGCUAUGAGGUACCGUUCAACACGAAGUACAAGCGCGUGCGCCGAAAUACGAAGCGCUAUCUUGCUCGUCAGGCCGCAGCACAGGCUGCCGCAGAAGGCGACGCAGACGCAGCAGCGGCAAUGGACAUGGUGGAUAUGGGCUUUGGUCUCGAGAUCUGGGAGAACGAGACGGAGCGAGACAACUGGAAGGUCGCGGACUGGACGGAGGAGGACGAGCAGAAUAUGGCGGGGCAAACGUACGAGUGGAUCCGCAUCGACGCCGACUUCGAGUGGAUCGCUGCGAUCGCGUUCGACCAGAAGGACUACAUGUGGGUGUCGCAGCUGCAGCGCGACCGAGACGUAGUCGCCCAGUAUGAGGCCAUCGCUGUUCUGUCGAAGUCGCCGAACGCGAUCAUCGCGAGUACCCUCACCAAGACGAUUUUGGUGUCCAACUACUUCUAUCGUAUUCGCUGCGAGGCAGCGGGGGCGCUAGUGAACUGCGCGACGCAGAAGCUGGAUUGGCUCGGCCUAUUCCACCUCUUCAAGCUGUUCUUACGUUACUGCUAUGAGCCCGAAGACCAGAAGGCGGAUCUCUUCAGCCACACAUACGUCCCCCGGCCCAACGACUUCAGCGACAUCGCCGAGUACUUUGUACGGAAGGCGAUCCUCCGCUCGAUAGCGAAGGUGCGGUUCGAGACUGGCAAGACCCCCACCGUCAUCCGGCGAUUCCUUGUGGACCAACUCCGGUACAACGAUAACACAACAAAUCCGUAUGCGGAUGCGUUGUACAUUAGCACUGUAAUUUCUGCAUUAGGCUACGCAAUCGUCUCGGCAGUUCCUCCGGAACGCGGCGAGUUCGUAUCCAGCGAGAACGGCCCAGUCCCGGAUCUACAGGAUGCUGAGUUGCUGAAGUUGGCGCUAUCGGAGGUGGAUCGAUAUCGCAGUAUGGACAGGCUCAUCCCGACUUUCCACAACGUCGUAACCGUGGCCGUCAUCGAGUUCCACAUGCUCCUUACUCUUGCGGGGCUUGUUCCACACGACUCCCGCUUGUUCUUCCCGCUCACUCGCGAGGGCAAUUACACUCAAGUCCGUAUCGCUGCGUUCGACUACCUCUUCCUCGGGAAGUGGUACGUGCCGAAGAUGAUGCGGUAUGUGCUCGCCGUCAUGACGCACGACUCCUCUCGCAUCAUCCGACGGCACGUCUCUCGGAGCGCGUGUCAAAGUCUCGCACUCCUAGUCACCAUGGGCGAGACGAAGACACCCAAGGAGACGGAUUCGCUGUUGAUCGAGGAGGACGGCAACGGCGGUGAGAAGGUCAAGGAGAACAGGAAGAGCGAGAUGGAGAUUAUGAUUAGGGGCUUGCGGAAGGACAGAGAGGUGGGCAAGAACGAGGCUAUUCGGGAGUUUCUGAUGCCCAUCGCCCUUGCCCCGGAGACCGAUAGCGAGGUCCGUUGGUGCCUGCUGAAGCUCGCGGAUCUCUUGAUCCGUGGCAACGAAGAGGCAGCGCCGAAGGUCACGAUUCACCUGCCUCCGACGCCCGUCGCAGAGGUCCCGCCGCCGCUACCGCCAGUCAAGCUUCCAAGCAAGCCUAUCCGCGCCCUCAAGUCAGGCGGUCCGACUCCCAAGAGCCCUCUUGCAUCCUUCACUGUGCCUCCCAAGCUCAAGCUGCUCCCCGGCAACUCCCAAUCUGACGUAUCUGCUGCACGCGCCCCAGGCAGCGCUACGCCUGGCCCGGAGAAGCGGAAGGAGUUUUCUGUUCCGAAGGUGCCUGCAAAGGCGUCGGAGAAGAAGACGGGCAAAGCAGCUCCUCGGGCACAGUCCAGUGGGAUGAGCGUGCACGAUCUGCGUGCUUGCAGGACCGCGCUGAAGAAGGUGCAGACGAACAAGCACGCUGCUUUGUUCUUGCAGCCCGUGGACCCCGUCCGUGACCGAGCUCCCAACUAUUUCGACGUCAUCAAGGCCCCCAUGGACAUGAGCACGAUGAACGCGAAGUUGGAGUCGGGCCAGUACAAAGAUCGCUUUGCGUUCGAGGCUGACUUCCGUCUGAUGACCAACAACGCGAAGACAUACAACAUGCCGGGGAGCUUCGCUCACAACGAGACUCUGGAGCUGGAGAGUUUCUUUGACAAGAUGUGGGUGCGCAUCAACAAGACUCUCGAAGUGGCCAACAAGGCUGCUCAGGAGAGGCCGGCUCCGGUCGCCCAGUCUACUCCUUCGAUCAAGUUCUCCGCACCUGCCACCACUCCCGCGCCGUCGAAGUCAUCCCCCGCGACGACGCCUGCCCCGACAUCAUCCGUUCCAGUGAUCAAGCUCAAGAUCGGCGGAGGUCCCACCAACGGCACACAUUCCCCGUCACCGGCUACUUCCAAGCCUGCGCCGAAGCCGAAAGGCAAGAAGCCCAAGGAACCCAAGUUGUCCGAGGUACCACCACCAACUCGUAUCCCUGCCCCGGCGCCCGUGCCUACAUUCGAGGAUGACGGUUCCCUCGAUCUCCUGGAGGAAGUCAUCGCCAUCGAGCGAGAGAAGAAGCAGGGACGCAAGCAGGGGUCCAGCUCCGGCUCAAAGGAGCGCGAGCGCGAGAAGCCUGCUCCGCCCCCCGCACCGCCAGCCGAGAAGGCGAAGCUCGUCCCCAGGCUCGUGAUAGGCAAACGGAAGGUGCCUGACCCGACGGAAGACGAGAUCCUUGCGCUCGCAACGCCAGCGAAGAAGGAGCGGACGAGCGCGCCUAGUUCAUCGUCUACACCCGUUCCACCUCCCGCGGCUUCCGUCCCUAAGCAUGUCGAGCCCUCUCCACCGUCCAAGAACGGGGUGUCCGGACACAAGUCACGGGAGAAGCCGCCCAAGCCGUCGCCCGUUCCAGAGCCCGCCGUGGUCGCUCGUUCAUCUGCGAAGGGUAAAGAGAAGGAGAAGGAGGCACCCCGUCCAACCACCCCUGCGAAUGGCAAGGCGAAGAAGGCACCUGAACUGACCGCGCCGAUUAAUGAGAAGAAAUGCCGGGACAUUUUGAAGACACUCGCGAAGGUCCCAGAGGCACUUAUCUUCAUGAGGCCCGUCGACCCAAUACAGGAUGGCUGCCCAGACUAUCUCAAAGAGAUCACGGACCCGAUGGAUUUCGGCACCAUGCACACGAAGCUGACGCAGGGCAAGUACUCGACCAUGGAGGACUUUGCGCGGGAUGCAGAGCUGGUCUUCUCCAACUGCCGCCGUUUUAACCCUGAACAAACCUAUCCCUAUGUGUGCGCCGACGCAGUUGAAAGGGUCUGGAAGAAGGAAUGGGCGAAGGCCAUGGAGAAGAAGCUCUCAUACGCGGAGAAGCGAAGUUUGCAAGGUCUGAUGAAGACCCUGCUCGUCGAGCAAGUUACAUGGGUUUUCCGGGAGCCCGUCGACCCGGUCGCCCUCGGUAUACCCACGUACUUCGACAUCAUACCCAAGAAGGACGCGCGCGACCUGAGGAUGAUCCAGCAGAAGCUCAACGGGGACAAGUACGACUCCGUGGAGGCGUUCGAGGCGGAUCUGGACCUGAUGAUCUACAACGCGAUCACGUUCAAUGGCGCGGAUUCCGAGGUCGGCCAGCUCGCUGUGCAGGUGCGCAACCGGUACCGCGACCUGCUGUCGCCGAUCAGGGGGACGAACGGCAAGCGAAAGGGGGGCGAGAAGGGGACGCCGCAGCCGACCAAGAAGGUGAAGCUGGGCUGAGCGGGAUGGUCGGUGCUGUUUGCUAUGAUUAUAUGGACUCGGCUGUCUGUCAUGUUGUGUGCUGCAAUCGCUAUAGUCGUCUAUGUGCUUUGUACAAUCUAUAAUAUCCUGUUCUAGUGCCC